CGCCCUGGUAUCGUCCCCAGGCGUCCUCUUGGGACGCCACAGCCGCUCUCCGCUGUCUGUGCAAGGCGGCCCGUACCAGCGCACUCGCGCACACGCCCAGGGCGGCUGCCAGCGAUGCAUGCCGAUGGGGGCGAGCCCCAGCCAUCGCUGAGCAUCGAGCUGGAGCGGUGCACCGUGAGGCCUUGGCAGCUCACCGACGCCACCUCGAUGGCAGAAGCGCUGAACGACAAGUCCGUCUGGCUCUGCGUGCGGAACCGCAUCGCCCAUCCAUACACCCUGGAGCAUGCUCGACAGUUUCUGGAGGCCAUGGCAGCGACACAGGGACCCCCAGAGGCCUUUGCCAUCGUCGUGGGCGGCGAGGCGGUUGGCGGCGUGGGCAUACACCCCCAGGGAGACGUGUAUGAGCGGUCGGCGGAGCUGGGCUUCUGGCUGGCGCGGCGGCACUGGGGCCGGGGCAUCGCCAGCGAGGCGGUGGGCGCCGCCAUCGACAGCGCCUGGGCCCGCCUGCCCCACCUGCACCGCAUCUACGCCCGCUGCUACGCCCACAACGCAGGCUCGCAGGCGGUGCUGCGCAAGCUGGGCUUCCAACAGGAGGGCCGCCUGCGGCAGGCCGCCUUCAAGGACGGCCAGCUGGUGGACGAGCUCGCCUUUGGCCUGCUGCGGCCAGAGUGGGAGCAGCGGCGGCGGCAGCAGCAGCAGCAGGAGGGCAGCCAGCAUGGUGCAGCCGGUUGACCCGCUCCCGCCAGCUGGCAGCCGCUCCGAAAGGCGGUGUUCUGUGCAAGCAAACCGCUACUGCCCUGCUCCCAGCUGCUGUACACGUCGGUGGAUUUUGUGCACUUACACAGGAUGGCACCCGGCAAGGCCAGGGGCGGUGCAACAGCAGGGGAGAGAGCAGGUGGACACGAGGGGCAAAAUGAGGGCAAGGAGGCCCGAUGAAACGACAUUGCUGC